AUGACCCGCCUGAUAGCUUCCAAGGUUAUUUCUUAUGUUCUUGGAAGCUAUAUUGAAGCUCUAGACUCAAGUAAAUUAGAGCUCUCAAUAUUUGGCGGUGAUGUUGCGUUUAAGAAUCUUAAAUUAAAAUCUCAUGCACUUGCAUCGAAUGGUGUUCCUGUAAAUAUAAAGAAUGGUAUUAUACAAUCUUUAUCAGCGAAAUUUCCGUGGCUACAUCUCGGAACUCAAGCAGUUGCUGCUUCAGUUAAAGGUUUAUACAUUUUAGGAACAAUUGAUGGUUCUGUUCUAUUAGAAAAUGACAUGAAAACGCCCACACGAACACGUUCCGAGCUUGACAGCUUAUGCGAAAAAGAAAAUCUUGAAAAGAAAGAUGUUAUGACAGGAAUAGUCGGUACAGUCAUUGACAAUUUAAUUAUUGAUAUUCAAGACAUACAUAUCCGCUUAGAAUUUAAGAUUCAAGACAAAAUAAUCUCUGCUGGCAUUGUUAUCCCUAGUAUUCAAGUUUUUACAAUCGAUGACAAUGGAAAUAAAGCGUUUAUUUCUCAGAAACCAAAAAUAUUACGCAAGAAAGUCUUUAUUCAGAAUUUAAGUGUUUAUCUUGAUACAAAUACAAAUCCGAUUGAUAACCAAAAGUUCUUGAGUGAAAUUACAGCACAAUCAAAAGGAAAUCAUCAAUAUAUCUUGAAAGAUUUCACUUUUGACACGAUUUGGGAACAUAAUAACGAAAAAAGCUUAAUUUCGGAUAAUUUCAUUGCAGAUAUUCCUAUUAUCGAUAUCGCACUUGAUAGAUUACAAUGGUAUGCAAUAGAUCAACUUUCUUGGCAACAAUAUAUGUUUAAUAAGCAACGACUUUACAGAGGCUGUGGAAGACCAGACAGACCUGCUAGGAGUGAAAGAUCUGCAGGUUUGUGGUGGUAUUUCGCAAAUAACGCCGCAAAAGUCAAGAAACAUCCUCAAUUACUUGAUACUCAAGCAGCAUUGACAUUUUUAAAGAACAGAAAGCAAACAUCGAAGUUCCUUGAAGAUUACAUGGUCUCUACGAACAGAACGGCCGUCAAAGCAGAAUAUACGAAAUUGGAAGAGAAAUUUGGACUGAAUGUCAUGUAUAAUAUGAUGACAUAUAGUAGAUAUCGUAUUGAUAAGUCCAAAUCAAGGCCUAUUUCUAACGAAUUGGACAUUUCUUCCCAAGAAUUGAGAUCAUUAUCUUCUCAAGGUCGAAAUAAAACGGCAGGAAUAUCAGCAAACCUCAUAAUUCACAAGAUACAAGCCACUCUUAAUACAUUUCCAGGCCAACCAUUGGUUCAAUUGCUUGUUGAUAAAAUAUCUUGCAUUGUCAAUAUGACAAGCCCUAUUUUAUCUGCCAAAGCAUCAAUUACUGGUAUCGGCGUUGUCGAUAUCUUCAAUGAUUCUCCAAGAAAUUUAGUUCAAUUAAUUCCAAAAUUAGAUUCUCCAUGUAUGUCAUUAGAUUUCACGAACAAUUCAGAGAAAAGGCAAACUAAUGUCAAAGCUCAGAUCAGUUCCCCAGAAAUCAUUGGAGAUGUUCCGAAAUUAGUUUUUAUCUCAAACUUUUUCAAGACUCCAAAGAAAGGAAUCUAUGUAGACCCCGCAGAUCCACCUCCAAAACGCAGAGAUUCAUCGAAAUCGGAGAUUCUCGAGCUUUUUGAGAAACAUCCUUUCAAUUUCGUAGAUCUUGAGAUAGAUACACCACAUAUUGUCAUUCCUUUCUCAUCUCCAAUACACAUUAACUUAGAUUCUAUCAAAGUUCAUGUCGAUCCUUCACUCAAACGCGAAUAUCAAAAUAAAGAUACUUGGUAUGACAGAGCUUUGCUUGAUAUUCGUAAUUUCAGUAUUACUUUCAACGAAAGGAAAGUUGUUCUUCCAUUCUCUACCUCCGUUGGCCUGAAUUUGCUUUACAUUCCAAUGUCAUCAAUUCCUAACCAGAUUUUCAACAUCGAUAUAGCCGCGAUCGAGGUAAACUUCACUAGGAACCAAUACUUAGACGUUAUCAACCUGAUUAAAGAGCUAACGGCGCCUCCUCCACCAUUGCCAUUAUUAGAUGAGGACAAGAAAGACCAAAAGCAGCCUCCUUCCAGGCAGAAGAUCAUCAAGAGCGAGAAUGGACCUUCUAUGCUUCUCAACGUCAACUUUAAGUCCUUAAUCUUGAGGUUAUUUAACCAAAACGAUAAACAAAUUAACGAAUUUACAAUCGGAACGAUCAAUUCAUGUUUAUCAUUCAUUGAAGAUUCCAUAGACUGUAAAUUCAGCUUAAUUAACGUUUUGGCUCUUGACAUUGAGAAAACAACUUUCUUUUCUUUCGGUGGAGAUCAUUCAAACGCCAUCGAAAUCAACAUUUCCAAGAAGCCACAAGAAAAUAUCACUGAUAUGACAAUUUCUUUGGCUGAGCCUUAUUUCUUACUUGAUUUCACAUGGGUUUUCAUGUUGUCUGACUUCUUCAAAGUUCCGAAAUCAAACAAAAUCGAAGUUGUUGAAGAGAAAACUUUGAAUUUCUUGGAUGACGAAAAACCGAAAAUUGAAAGAAAAAUUGUUAUUGUUGAUAAGAAAGCAAAAAGUGACACAGACAAUAAAUUGAGAGGCACUUUUAUCGUCAAAAAUCCAAAUGUUUGUUUGAGUAUUCCUUCAAAGAAAAGUGACAAAAUAAUCGUCCAACUUUUCAUUGAUAGAAUUGUUUUGGAUUUAGACGUUCAAAAAGAUUUACAAAAAAUAAAAGUGACACUAGAUGAUGUUAAGAUGAUGAUUAACCAGCAAAACUUAAUUCUUCCUUUCACUCCUGUUGUUGAUAUGAACUUUACAAAUGAAAAGAAAAAUAUUUCUGUUAAUUUACAUGACAUUUUUGUCAAUUUUGACACUCAAAACUACUAUUUUAUCUUGGAUAUGUUGGAUUACACACUCAAGAGAUUAAAUCACGCUUUGGCUAUUACAAAAAGUGACAAUUAUGUAAAAAGUGACAUAAAAUCUGACAUUACAGAAAAACCACAAGAAAAUAUAGUUCCUAUGAUAAUCAAUGUUGAUGUUGAUGAUGUUAAGUUGGAUAUGAUUCAUCUGGAAAAGAAAAUUUUGGCAUUUAAUUUGGCAAACUUAAAUGUUGGAAUUUUACAAACAGGAAUUGUUGUCAACAUAAAUUCCAUUUUAGGAAAAGAGUUUUUGUCUAAUUUGGAAACAGACGAUUUCCUCGAAAUCCAAAAGUUUAAUUUGAAUUUGGCAAAACCAAUGACGAUUAAAUUUGAUUCAAUUUAUUUAUCAGGCAAAACAGCACCUCUUUCAUGGGCAAUUGGAUUUUUCACACAGAAACCACCAUCAUUAAUCAAUUCUGAUGAUGGAUUAAUUGAAGAAAAUCAAAAUCAUGAACAAAUUCAAGUUGAAAACAAUGAAAACAAUGAAAAUGAUACUGGUUUCAAUCUUAUUUUAGAUAUUAAUUCAUUAAAUGUUCCUUUAGUUUGCAAAGAUGGUUCCACUGUUUGCAAAUUAAUUACUGAUUUGUUGGAACUCAAUUUGAAGAUCGAAAAAGAAAGUGGUUUGUCAUUACAAGUUGAUAUGACAAAUAUCAAAAUAGAUACUGAUAAAUAUGGACCUCAAAAUCAACAUUUCUUAUAUGUCGAUGAAAAUCAAAAAGUGACAUUUAAAUUGGCUCAGAAAUAUUACGGUUUUUCAUCUGAAAAAUUGAAUAUUUGUUAUAAUAUGCAAUUUUUGAAUGAUUUACUUAGUUGGUCCAGUGGAUUAACAGCUGAUUUACCAAAAGGAGAAUGGAAAGACUCUCCAAUGAUGAUUCCUACUUCUUCUUACGAUGUUUGCUUUGAUACUCUUAAUUUAAGAUUAGUUCCAUAUGAAAUAGAAGAAGAUUUUCCUGGUGUUGAUUUAGUUUUCAACAACUUUUCCCUGAAAACUCCUAAUUUCCCAACAGAUUUGUUACUGAAAACUGAUAAAAUACAAAUAACUGAUAAAUCUGGUUAUGGUUUUCUCACUUUGAAUAAUUUGGAUGUUCCUAUAUUCUUGGAUUUAAGAAAUGAACCUCAGCCAAUUAAACCUGGUUUUGACGAAAAAAUCAGAGAAGAAUUUAUUGGAAAAAGUGACGGUUUCUUCUAUGGAAUAAAAGUGACACCAACGAUAGAAUCCAUUGAAUACGACAUGAACAGUAAAUCUACUUUAGAAUUAUGCCAUUCUUUGUCAACAUUUACUGCAGCUCCUCCUCCACAAGAAAAACCAGAAACAGAAGAAAAACAUGAAACUGCUUUUGUUGGUUUGUAUACAACAGUUUUGGCGAAUUUGAAGAAGAUUUCAUUAAUACCAAAUGAUGGAGAAAAAUUCGGUUUAAUUCAAUUAAAUAACCUUAAUUUUGGAAUGGAAGAUGGCAACAUUGGAAUUGAUUUUGAUGAAUUUCUUGUCGAAAAGAAUGAAAUGAAAAUCAUUGAUAUUUGUGAAUUUAAUGAAUUUAAGAAAGGUGUUUCAUUUAAAUUACAAAAAAGUGAUAUGUUUGUAACAUUAGGAAACUUGUUCUUGUAUUUGGAUUAUAAGUUUGUUGCACAAUUCUACAAAUACAUCAAAGUUUUCCCAUUUUUGACUUACGAUUUCUUCCCGAAUAAACAAGUCAAAAGUGAAGUCAAAACUGAAGAAAAAAGUGAAAAUAAUAAUUCACAGAUCAAAGCAGAUGUAAUGAAUAUGUGUGUUACUCUUCCUAUUGAUCCUGAAAAGAGCGAAAUCAUGGUUUUAGAUUUGAGUUUGUCGUUCGAAAAAACUUCAGAAACAAUGAUGGCUUUGUUACAUCACUUGAAUAUUUCGAUGGGACCAAAGUUUGGAGAAAAACUUUACAAUCCUAUCGUUAUUCUACAAAACAUCAAAUAUUUCCAGGAAAUAACUAAAGAAAAUAAGAACAAGACAUCGAUAGAAACACAAACAGUUCGUGUUUCUAUUUCGCCAAUUGAUAUUGCAUCAAUUAUUGUUCUUCAAAAUUCUAUAAUGAAUUUGACUUCACUUUUCAUUGAAAAAUCACCAAUUUCAUAUGAAAAACCAGAAAAAGUCGAAGAAAAAGAUAAUUCUGGUCAGAUUUUGUCAAUCUUCACAGGAAGUUGCUGGAUUGACAUUUGUUCUGAAAAUAGAUUAAGGUUAAAACCAAUGCCACUUUUGAGAAUCACAACAGAACCAAUUGAUGUUGAAAUAGACAUGUCGAAAGACUUUAUUAAUAACUUUACUUUGAAAUCUAUAACUGUUGAACAUUAUGACCACAAAACACACAAGUUUUCGAAGAUUUUGGAGCCAACAACAUUCAAUUAUUUCAUUGAGUUCUCAGAGAAAACAUCAAAGAUAAAGAUUAGAGCUGUUCGUGACAUGAACAUCAAUAUAACUCAUAAAGAAUUGAGUGAUUUGUUGAAACUUCUUGAACGAAUUAAUUAUUGCGUAUCAAACAAAAAGAUUUCAACAGAUAAAUUGGAACAAUUCAAGUUAUACAAUAAUUUAGGAAUUUUCUCAAAGUUCGAAGUAGGUGACAGACAAAUUGAACUUUCUCCUCUUUCUGUUUAUAUCUCGAGUUACGAUGUAAAUCCAGAAACUCCAAUUUCUCUUUUCUACGGAAACAAACAAUUCCAAUUCACAACUUCUGAAUUGAAUUAUCCAAGAUUUUUGACUAAUAACAUAAUCGCAAGUUAUUCAGAAACACCAACAGAAUCUCAUUUGUUGUUCUCAACUCCAAUUAAAUUCCAUAAUAAUACAAGAGUGUCACUUUUACUUUACAUCCAUUCAAAACGGAAUAAAUUGGAAAGGGCAUUGGAAAUCCAGCCAGAUGAGUAUUGCAAUCUUCCUUGUGAUGUUUCUCCAACAUGCAAUAUGGGUUUGGGUCUUUUGGGAACUGUCAAACCGAAAUAUGAUUAUUUCUCAAUCAAAAAAUUGAAACAAGGAAAUUUCAUUUACAAAGUUAAGUCUAAAUCACAAACUUCGAAGUUUUUGAUCUCUUCAACUUUGGAUUAUGAAAUAUCCGUGUUAAAUGUUGAGAUUUCUCCACAAGUUGUAUUGAGAAAUAACUUAAUGCAUCAAAUAACUAUUCAAAUUGCUGUUGAAAAAGAUAAAGAAUUCGAAACUCUCGAACUCAAAGAAAACGAAGAGAAGUUUUGUACUCUUUCCAUUUCCAAUUUGUCCAAGUUAUUACUUAAACUCAGAGUUGCAGAAAAUCCAUUUUCUAAACUCGUUGAAUUGCCUCCACAAACUAAAAAGUCUGCAAUCGAAUUGUUUAUCUUAGAAAACACUUCAAAAAUCAAAAUUGUUGCAGAUACAGAAUACGAUGAUGAAACACAGGCAUUCAAAAUCACUUUCUUCAGUCCUACUGUCAUAUUUAAUAAGAGUGGUUUCGACUUGAUGUUGUGUGAUUCAUCUGCAAACAUUGCAGCAGAAUUUGCUCCAUUAAAUGACGAUGACAAACCGUCAGAAAACGGUUAUUGUUAUUGGGGAACAUCUGAAUAUUUCGAAAGUAAUUUCAGUACAUUAUCUGCAUAUUUAUUGCUUAAAGAUGAAUGGCUUCUUAAUAAAACGCCUCUACAAUGUCUCGCUGCUCCAAUGUCUGAAGAUUAUUUCAUUGCUUUGAACACUUCACCUCACUUAUUUGUACCACUUCACUACACAACAGAAAUCAUCAAUCAAACAUCUGUUGUCACUAUCCAGCCAUACAUUGCUGUUGAAAACUUGACGAAAUUCGAUUUCAGACUGGAUCCAAUUGAAUCCUUUGAAAAUCCAACGGUUUUGACAACAAUUUUAGAUCCAAUAAUUGUCAGGAAGAAAGAGAAAAUAAUUUUACCAUAUUCCAGUCAAAAAUUAACAUUUAUUUACAGAUCAUUAAAUCCAGAUGGAAGUGUAUGGAGUUCUGAUGGUUCAUUGAUAUCUUUGGAGUCUCCUGUCCACACGACAUUCAUGGACAAUUCGAAAUCAAUGACAAAGAGAAAUGGAAUUGAACUCGAAAUCAAAGGAGAUGGAAAAGAAUUUUUGGCAUCAUUUAAAGAUGCAAAAGUGACACAACCAUUGACAAUAACCAAUUAUAAUGAUAUUCCUGUUUAUUACAAACAAGUCAACUGUGAUCAGAAGAUCGAAGUUCUUCCACAGAGAUCAACAUUCAUCAUGUUGCAAAAGCCGUUUGAAUUAAACGACAUCAUUGUCUGUAUUUAUGAUUUAGAGAUCAAUGUUAAUUUGACAGACAUUGAACAUUCAAUUAAAUAUAUUGCAAAAGCAUUGAAAGACGAUUCAUCAGAAUAUGAAGAAAAAGAAGUUUGGAUUCACAUCGAAAUUAACGAUAAAUGUCGAAAGACGAUAGCUGUGUCAAACCGCCCAGUUGAACAACCAACGAGACAUUGUUGGAAUUUCUCAUUGAUAUUUGAUAACAUCAACAUCUCAUUGAUCGAUAAAAUGGGAGAAUUGUGUGUUUUGAACAUCCAUGGAAUACAAUUGAAAUAUGUACAAAACGAUAGAUUUACAAAUGUCAGUUUUUGCAUUAAUUCCAUGCAAUUAGAUGAUAUGUUAGUUCCACGGAAUUACGGUGUUGUAUUAGCAGCUUAUCCUGAUGAGAAUCAUCAUUGGUUUGAAGCAAGAUGUACUAUGUUUGGCGAUGCACCUUUAUUCACUGCUUUCUCUUUCAUUUCGAUAAGAGUUCAAAAGAUAAUUAUGAGUGUUGAUUUGUCAUUUGUUUCAGAUAUUUGGAAUUUCGUGAAACCAUUAUUACCAUCUGAAAUCAAAGACAGACAGAUCAAAUAUAGUGAAAAGAGAACAGUUUCUCUAACAUCAAGUGAUUUCACAGCUCAAUCCCUGAAAAUCCACGAAGUUCAAUUGAAUUUCUCAAUUUUCUCAAGUACAGCUAGAGUUGGACUUCAUCCUUUAUUAACAGAAAUCAUAAACUUCGUUCCAAGUGUUUCAGGAGGUUCAAUUGUUCUUCCUGAACUCCCAAUUUCUGAUUUCACUGCAACAGGUGAUUUCAUCAACGAAAGAAUUGUUCAGCCUUACAUCAAACAAGUCACAUCACAAGCAUUGAAAUUGUUAUUCAACACGAACAUGUUGUUUGCGAUUCACGAAGUAACAUCGAAUAUCUCUCGACAAAGCUCUAAACUCGCAAAAGGAGAUAUCAAAGCCAUCGGUGGUGCGACAGUCGGAACAGUCUUGGCAGCAGGUGCAGGAGUAACAAGAACAAUUGCUAAUGUUUUCCACACAGUUUCUGGUCAAGAAAGUUAUGGAAAUACUAUGAACUCUAUGGGUGCUGGCGAUUCAAUUAAUCACGGCCUUGGAUCCAUCUACAAGAAUGUCUCCGGAAACUCAUUCAAUGUUGUUCAAUCAGCGAUGAGUGGAGCCGAAGAAGAUGGUGCUAUUGGUGCCGUUGUUGGCUUUGGAAAAGGAAUUGGAAACAUGGUUAUGUCUCCUCUUGCAGGAAUAUUGGAUGCAUCAACAUCUAUUUUGAGUGGUGCCACUAAGUUUGUUAACGAUGAUGAUUUGGUUUAUAAAUCUAUCCGUAUUCCAAGAUGUUUUUCUAGUGGAUGUGUCGAAGAAUUCCAGAAGAUUCCAGCGAUGUUACAACUCAUGAUUUUCGAAGGUGGAUUUCCUAAAGAAAGAAUUGAAAUUCUUGUUAAAGACAUCUCUGCAAAAGACGAACGAUACAUCGCUAUCACUAGUACAUUAGUAUUUGUUAUUCGAAUCGAUGUCACACAAGAACUUCAGCCUAUGAAGAUCUGCGACAGCAAAUCUGCUUUUGAUGGUCAAAAAGUUGUUGUUUCAUUCAAGAACUUGAAAGGUGUCCUCAAAUUCAUUGCAAAGAAUGAAGACACUGCUAAAGAAGUUUCAUCAUUCUUAACUAGCCGACAUAAUGAACUUAACAUUGGUGAAGACAUGGAAUUACAUUAA